UCGUCUUCUAAAAGCCCACUAUAGGCUCUCCCCAACAUAAAUCACGAAUCAAAACCAAAGGGAAAAGCACACAAAGAGAAAAAUAUCAAAAUCUUAGAGGGAAAUUGAAGGAUGAGCCGUGGAAGUGGAGGCGGAUACGAUCGACACAUAACGAUCUUCUCUCCGGAAGGACGUCUCUACCAAGUUGAAUAUGCGUUCAAGGCUGUUAAGGCUGCCGGAAUCACCUCGAUUGGCGUCCGAGGGGCGGAUUCAGUCUGUGUUGUUACUCAGAAGAAAGUUCCCGACAAGCUUUUGGAUCAGACAAGCAUCACCCAUUUGUUUCCCAUUACUAAGUACCUCGGUUUGUUGGCCACUGGCAUGACAGCUGAUGCAAGGACUUUGGUUCAACAAGCAAGAAAUGAGGCUGCUGAGUUCCGUUUUAGAUAUGGAUACGAAAUGCCUGUUGAUGCUUUGGCACGAUGGAUUGCAGACAAGUCUCAGGUUUACACACAACAUGCAUAUAUGAGACCACUUGGCGUAGUUGCAAUGAUAUUGGGCAUUGAUGAAGAGAAAGGUCCUCAGCUCUUCAAGUGUGAUCCUGCUGGUCAUUUUUUCGGUCAUAAGGCAACAAGCGCUGGUGGGAAAGAGCAAGAAGCGAUUAACUUUUUAGAAAAGAAGAUGAAAAAUGAUCCUGCAUUCUCCUUUGAUGAAACUGUGCAGACUGCAAUUUCAGCUCUGCAAUCUGUUCUACAGGAAGAUUUCAAGGCCAGUGAAAUUGAGGUUGGUGUUGUGAGGAAAGAAGAUCCAGUUUUCAAGGUUUUGUCAACUGAAGAAAUUGACGAGCAUCUGACUGCAAUCAGUGAGCGCGACUAACCCAGAUGAGUUACAUUGUAUGCUGAUGAUGGGUAGCGAGUUGUGGGUGUUCUUAUUGUAUACGGAUAAUCAUACAAUACAUUUCCCUUGGAUCCAUGUUCAUUUGAUGGCUGCAGUCGAUCAUAAAAUUUAUGCACCUCAUUUGUUCUGUUGGUUAUCAUAUACGAAAACAAGCAUACUUUAGUCCCCUUGAUAUCAUAGUCCUGCAUAGACUGCGCUCAUGUCUGUUUUCUGUCUUGAAGCAAAUUGGCUUGUGCCUUUGCCAUGUCAUGAAGAGUGGUAUAUCUCUCCUCGUUGCUGACUAUACUGAUAAUUGACCUGUUUAUUCUCUCAUAAAAAAUAUGAAAUAUGGAGUUGAGGUUUUCUUUA